ACUCACUCCGCAUUUUACGGAGCGCUGUCAACACGGUGCGAAAGAGCAGCAUCAACAGGAGUGUUUGAAGACUUUUUAACCCCCCGGGAGUAAAAGAAGGCGAGCCCCAGGAGUCGUUUGGAAAGUAACGGCGACACAUGGACACGACAUGUAGCUGGAAACACGGCGGACCGGAGCAGAGUUUCACCCGAGCGGAGGCGAAGUGAGCGGCGCGACAAACAUGCUCGCCCCGGUGUUAGCCUCGCUGCUGCAUCUGCUGCUGCUCUGGAGGCUCUCUGGCGCGCAGUAUUCCAGUGACCAGUGCUGUUGGAAGGGCAGUGGCCUCACUCACGAGGGUCACACCCGGGACGUGGAGCAGGUUUAUCUACGUUGCGCCCAAGGCUCCCUGGAGUGGCUCUAUCCCACGGGGGCCAUCAUCGUCAACCUCCGGUCCAACACGCUGUCUGCGGCGAGCCACCAACUCAUGGUCUGCAUCAAGCCCUUUUCCGACUCAAGCGGCACCAACAUCUACCUGGACCGCAACGGAACGCUGCGGCUACUGCUGCAGGACCAGGACCAGGCUCAGGGCAAAGUGCACUGCUUCAACAUUCAAGAGGGGGCGCUGUUUAUCGAGGCCGUCCCGCACACAGACAUCAGCCGACGGAUCACGUCCUUUCAGUACGAGCUGAUCAGCAACAGGCAGGGUGCAGGGGUGCUUCCAGUGAGAGCUUCCUGCGAACCGUGCAGUGACGCAGAGAUACUUCUCGCAGUCUGCACCAAUGAUUUUGUUGCUCGCGGGAGAAUUCGAGCGGUGCACCAGGACGAGGACCACUCCCGGCUCACGGUGGAGAUCAGCCGUCUUCACCGGCAGAAGACACAGGUCUUUGUCUCGGGAGGCGUGAGGGUGCGCAGCUGGGUCGGGCACAUCAAGAUGCCCUCACAGUGUGGCGCCAAAUCUGGCGACGGGGACUUCUUGUUCACCGGGACAGUGAGGUUCGGGGAGGCCUGGAUGGGCUGCGCCCCUCGCUACAAGGACUUUUUAAGGAUCUACCAUGAAGCCGAGCAUCGAUACACCAACCCUUGUCAUGUAGACACAGACUGAAUGGGACUUGGUGGACCUGAAACAAGACCCCACAGGCUGGGGAUCCAAACCGAAGGAGCAAGCAGUUGGACUCUCCUGAAGAGACACUCCUCAAUGUUGCCAAGCGGCACGUGAGCAUGAAUUUUAAAUGGAAUGUGACUGCUGUUCUUGAAGAAUCACAGUUGUUCAAUGUAGCAGUUUUAAGAUGUAUAGAAUGUGAAAAUAUUUUUUGAAGCUCUAGUCCUUGUAAAGCAAAAAUCUCAGUGUACAGUUGAAACCUUUUUUUGUCGCGAGACAGAAAGCUUUUAAGUUUUAUUUUGUUUAAUAAAAUAUGAUUGCCUGAAUGGUUGUGCAUCUCAGGCUGCAACCAAAAAGUGGAUUUUUUUCCCCAAGAUUUGAAAUACUGUGAGUAGUUUGGAGGCUAUGAGGGACUGAAGAAGUUGAAGAGAAGAGUGAGGGCGUGGAGUUGGGAAAAGAAAGAUAAGAUGGAAGCCAAAGCAGCUGUGAUGCUUAAGAUGAAAUGUUGUCGUUGGAAAGCCAAGAUGGAGAAUGAAAACAGAGCCCAGUCAUCCAAAGUGGCAUUAUUGAGCGACUGUUUAAGAAAGAAAAAGCAUGUCGGACUAUGGAAAGUGAAAGUGGAAUGGAAUGUUUUGGAAGAAAGCGGAGAAGGAGUUUGCACCCAAAGACAUCUGAGGACUUCAGGAACAAAAACGAAAGGAAAUGGAGAGCCAGCAUCUGCAAGGGACUUUGUGUAGAGCUGAGGACGCCAUCGGUUGCCCUCCUUUUGAAGGUCCAGAGUUUAACUUAAAAGGAUUCUUCAGUUUGAGCUGGCCAACUGAACGCAGUGUGCACUUUCUCCUCAUGUUUGGAGAUCUAGUCGGAUACUACUGAGGUCGAGACUAGAACACUCUAGUUGGCGUUGAACGGAACACGUUGCAAGCUGUUGUAUUUAUAGUGUAAAUGAGAACUUAAAGAGACAAAUAUUUUUACUGAAUAAAUGUGUUGUAAUUUUAGGGUGAGGAAGUCACCUGUGAAUAUCAGGGGAUGGAAAAGACGACAGACACAAGGUUUGCCAGAGAAAUCCUGAAUGAGAUGAGACAUCUCCGUCUGCUCGCCAACAGUCAGAUACAAGCCUGGAAGCUUCACCUUGGCUGAGAUUGGUAUCUGCAGUCGAGGUGGAUUCCUCUGCCAUGGUUCCUGUGGUGAUGCGGGCGGCCGUGUGUCAAGGUCAGCGUGAAAGGCUUCUUUGUUCCAGCGCAGCAGCCCAACAGAGCACGCAGGAGCCGCGAGAGCCAAACACUUUUGACUGAUGAAUGCGGUUUGGUGAAACGUCAGUGUUAGCUUAGUCGUAGCAAGACGAGUCGUAGCUCCCCUUGAUGGUACCUGUAUAGUUCCUUAAACAUAAUGUAGAAACCACGCUGUUUCUUAUCAGCAGUUUCACAUCAACUUUUUUUUUUUUUUAUCAUGAAAUUUGGCCACCGAAACCAUCAAACUUUAAUUUAUUUUAUAAAAAAAAAAGACUAUUCACGGAUGUUAUUUUGACGUUUUCUUUAGCAAAUCCGGGGUCUCUGCUGCGAAUGGAGAUCUUUUUUUGUUUAAUUUUUAUGCCAAAUGUUGUCACAUGUUGAUUUCUUACAAAUAAACUGAAUU